UAUUAAUUCAGUUACUUUUAUUUUCACAAUCGUCACCCUUUACAGAAUGAAAUUUUGCGAGAAGUUAUCUACGAAUAAUAUUACGAGUCUUUCUUUGACGUUUCGGUCGAGAAAGCGAUUAAUCCAGCGCGGUUAAGCUCUGACAAAUAGACGAUCUUUGAACGCUUUGAAAAUCAUUGGGUCGUAAAAAAUCUCAUAGAUGAUCCGUGCGACGCGUUAUUAUUUUUCUCCUCGCCGCGCGAGAGAAAUCAUCCAUGAACGCGUCAGGUGAAACGAGGUUGCCCCGUCGUGACGCUCGUCCGCAAAAUAAUAGGAUACGUAAGCUAUUGUUGUCGGAGUACUGCGAGUUCUCCGAGACAAUUCUGGUAGAGUCGCCGUUCGCGGAAACCACGAGAAAUGGACGUGGGUUACGUCAGGUCACCCUGGGCCUCACACCGACCAGACUGAUCGUCGCCGCCGAUGUUCUCCAGACUAAUCCUGCUUUCAUUUGCCCAUCCGAUAUCGACGUCAGUAUCGAGAGUUUUGAACUCGUCUCCGUAUAUCCUCUAGAAUAUGUUACGCUCAGUGUGUUUAGGAGAAGACGUCGUAGGACACUAAAGGCAAGAUUCAUUGAUGGUCGAGCUAAUUAUUAUGAACUCGGUGGCGUGCGGCGCAGAAUUUUUUGGAGGAUCUGGUGCGAACAGGUACGGAGAUUAUUGGCGUAUAAGAUGGAUGGUAGUUCAUUAUCCGAAACAACGGCGGCGAGCUCGUCGAGCAGUAGCACACUGUAUUUACUAUCAUCCGAGAUCGAAGUCAAGAAUAAUCGCAACGCGAAGAAACCAGUAUUCAGAAUAUGGACUCGUUAUGGAGGUGCCGGUGAUUUCGUUACUCCUACAUGGACAGAAAAGGACUUGUAUCUCGGAUCGUCUUUUAACGAGCUGGUAAACGGUCAUUAUACGCCUGUUCCGGUGAGAUUCGCCGGAGCCAGCUUGCAGGAUCUUAUGUACGAGCUAGGGGAUCGUACACCUCGUUAUGUCACCUGCAAGAAAUCCUGUCAAAGUUGGCCAUGCCAGAUGAAGUUUGACAGUCAGGCAAAAUCGCAACGUUCCGGAGGACUAUGCAAUGUCAUUUUCGCAAGAAAUCGCUGCGCUCAUCGUCACGAUCGCACCGCAAGUUGCAAAAAGCGUCAAAAUAUACUCUCCGAGGAAGAGUUCAUAAAACAUGUAGAAAAAAAAUACGAAAGACACCAACAACAGCAUCAGAAAGGAUCGUCUUUGGCUUCGAAAGUAUCGCGUUUCGGCUAUGGUAUACCGGAGAAAUGCAAUUCCGAAUUGAUUCUGGGUCCUUAUCGCGGUGAUUCCGGUUACGUCGACGUCUCUGAACUUCCGCAUCGCUUCGUUAACCCCCGCAAUUUAAUCGAAAGCGGCGUGACGAUCUGGGAGGAUCACAGAUCCUUCAAAAGUCAAAAGCACCCGCGAAGAUACGCCUUUUCUUCAGCAGCACAUUUUUUCUACGCGCUGGGACCGUGGUCGGUCCAGCCUGGCGAACGCGAAUCCGUGCAAACUCUCAGAUCGCCGAGCGCGGUCAACAUCCGCAAACAACCGUCGGACCCGGAAUUAAGACUUCCGGUCUCGCGUCGUCAGUUGACAGCCAGCGUUUCUUGCGCCGCUUUAACAUCCGGUGGUUCUAGUACCGUUACUAGAGGACGAGUGAUACUCUUCUGGACACCGGAAUAUUGGUACAGACCUCAGGCAGCUGCGGCUGCUUAUAGAGAGCUAAGACAUCACUUGGCAUCUGUUCGAGAUUUUCGAUGCGGAAAAGAAAAGCAGGCGAAAAGAAAGCUCUUCUGCAGACGAAAAAAUCAGAUAUCAGGCGAAAGCGGUAAUUCUGAAACGACAAUUACGGGAAAAUCUAGCAGUCUAUUAGAACGCGUGCUUUUCAUCAAUGGUGCGCGCAAACAGAAAAAGCUGAUUGAAACCGCAGACGUCGAUAAAGGCACAGCGCAAUUGCGGAGAUUUUUAAAGAUGAAUCUUCGUAUCACCGUGUGGGAUUUAGAUAGCACAACUCUAGCCACGCAACUGACGAUGAUCGAUCGCGAUCUUUUCGUUCGCAUUCCGGCAACCGAAAUCGAGGUGCUGAUCCAUCAGAGAUCCUCACGCAACGCGCCGAAUGUAGGUGCGUGGAUCGCUUUCAGUCACCGGAUCGCCUGUUUGACCGUCAGCGAGAUCCUUGCGAUCAAGCAACUCGAUAUGAGAACCAGGAUCAUGGCGAGAUUCAUCAAUGCAGCCGACAAGUGUUUCGCGCUCGGCAAUUUUCAAUCCUGCCGAUCUAUCCUGGCCGGUCUGCAGGCUCCGCCAAUUUACAGGCUUCGGAGAAGUUGGUCUUAUUUGAGAACUCAUCACGCCAACAGAUACGAGUCAAUGGAAAAGCUCUCCAAGAUUUAUAGAAGUCCGCGCUGUUCAAAGUAUCAAAAAACUUGGACCGUAGCAGAACGCAGUCCGCCUUGCAUGCCGUAUGUAGGUCACUUUUUGAUUAAAGUUCUGGGAUUAAAUGACUUGAGGGAAAUUCAAGCGAAUUUUCCAUCGUCUUCUACAAGAAAACAAUCAAUCACGCAAACCGGGACUUUAGAAUCUAAUUUCAACGGUAUUCGCUCAGGAGAAGGACAGAACAGAAUACGAACCGAGCGAGAUGGAUUUUCGCGUUUAGCCAGACGCAUUUUCGCGGCAACCCUGGCCAGAAUAAAGUUCACGACACGCCGAAACAUUGCUGACGAGACGACGAACGAUAUCUGGACAUAUAGACAACGAUAUCUGACGCGUAAGUUUUUUUAUCGUUGGCGCACGAUCACGUUGGAAUCAAAGAUACUCUCGGAGAACGAAAAAAGAUCUAAGAACGUGGACUUGAAGAGGAAACACGUUCUCAACAUGGCAAUCUGGUUAACGGACUGUCAGAGAUUCGCGCAGAGCUACAGUUUUCCAUUGAACUCGUUUGCAUAUGAAUUUCUUUUGAAAGCGCGGUACAGAGAGGAUCGCGAAAACUUUUUCAUCAGUCUCAAGUUGGAACCACCAAAAACAACUUGAACAGUACAUAUUGAAAGAUUUGAUUGAAACUUCAUCAAUGGCGAUUGAUAUGUAACUUUGUCAUGUAUCAGGUACGUUACAGCUACGAUUAUUUAUUAUUUCGAGCACGACAAGGUAAAAGAAAUACACUAGCUAACAGCGUCGAUUAUUUAUCUAGUUAUAAAUAUUUUUUAAAUAUAACGACUUUUGGAUCAUUCAGUAUAAUACUGAAUUUGCAUAUGAAUUUGCAUACUUU